AUGACGUCACUUCCUGACGUCAUGACGUCCUGUGCACCGUGGCGGUCGCCCAUGUCGUUCCCAGAGAAGGUAGUGGCAGCUGGUAUCGCCGUACACGCCAGGGUGGUGGACAAACUCAAAGGCACCGGCUGGCGCGCGGCCCGCUCCUGGCCCCGUGUUUACCGAGCCGUACUGCAGGUUCACUGUGUGUUCAAGGGCGGCCCGCUGCCAGCCAACCUCACUGUGGGCUUGAUGGGGCAACUGGACGCAUGUCACGCCGACAAUAGAGUCGAGAUCGGUGAAGACUACAUCCUCUUACUAAAGCGGGGAGAUGACAUGUACCUCCCAGACAUGUACCUCCCAGACGAGGUGGACCACCGUGACUCUGCGGCCUUUCCCGCCGACCAGGACCAUUUGGACCAGGUCAGCCGAACCUGUGACCUCGGCGACUUCACGUCCCCCGCCAACACUAGCGCACAGCUCGGGGUGUUCUGUAAGCUGGGAUGGGGCCGGGGAGGACUGUUUGGGGGCCGCUGCAGCUGGCUCAGUCAACAGAGGGUCCUUUGGGCUCACCACGUGGUUGCUGGUGUUUGCUUGUUGUGUGUUAUGUGUUAUGUGUGUGUUUUUUGUGUGUGUUUCAAAAGUAUGUAAACCAGAUGAGGGUUCAGAGUCACAGGACCGGGGCAGUUCUGAACCCACUAUUUACUACAACCCACUUUAACCCUUGGAACCCAAUUGAACCUUAUUUAACCCAUUUUGACCGGGUUGGCAGGUUUUGAACCCAAAGAUUUUCACAGAGGCAGUGAAGUUGUGUGUGAAAGUUAUAUAGAAAAGUGGAGUAGACAUAAUACAUUGUAGUCUCUAACUUAGAUUGACUUUGUACAACAGUCCCAAUUUCAAAGACGUGCUUUUAAUAGAGUCCAAACAUGUUUUUGAAACUGGGAAUGACUAUUGUACAGGUGUCUAUGCCACUGGGUAGUCUUACCUUUUGUAUACAUGUACAUGUAUAUCUAAAUUUUCAGUUUUAAAAGUCAUAACACACUACCAAACAACAUAAUUACAGAAAACCAAUCGAAUUUUAAGACCACAUUAAAUGA